CCAUGGCGCUGCUGGGCGCCCUGCUGCUGGCCCUGGCCCUGCUCUGCACAUGGGGGCUGGCGCGACGGCGGGACCCCUCGGGAACAGGGACAGGGACGGGGCUGGGGCGCCCACGGAGCCUGCCGGCCCUGCCGUUCGUGGGGAGCCUGCUGCAGCUGGCCGGGCACCCCCAGCUCCACCUGCGGCUGUGGCGCCUGCAGGGACACUACGGCAGCCUCUACGCCCUCUGGAUGGGCUCCCACUACGUGGUGGUGGUGAACAGCUACCGGCACGCCAGGGAGGUGCUGCUGAAGAAGGGGAAAGACUUCGCCGGACGGCCCCGCACCGUGACCACAGACCUGCUGUCCCGGGGUGGCAAGGACAUCGCCUUCGCCAGCUACGGGCCCCUCUGGAAGUUCCAGCGCAAGCUGGUGCACACUGCUCUCUCCAUGUUUGGGGAGGGCUCACUCGCCCUCGAGAGGAUCAUCUGCCGGGAGGCUGCAUCCCUGUGCGAGACGCUCAGUGCUGCGCAGGAUACGGCCCUGGACAUGGCCCCUGAGCUCACACGGGCUGUCACCAACGUGGUCUGCUCCCUCUGCUUCAACUCCUCAUACCGGCGCGGGGACCCCGAGUUCGAGGCCAUGCUGGAGUACAGCCAGGGUAUCGUGGACACCGUGGCCAAGGAGAGCUUGGUGGACAUCUUCCCCUGGCUCCAGAUCUUCCCCAACAAGGACCUGGCCCUGCUGAAAAAAUGCCUCCAGGUCCGGGACCAGCUGCUCCAGCAGAAAUUCACUGAACACAAGGAAGCCUUUUCUGGAGACACUGUGAAGGACCUCAUGGAUGCCCUGCUGCAAGUGAGGCUCAGUGCUGAGAACAGCAGCCCCCCGGUGCCAGGGCUGGAGCUGACUGACGACCACCUCCUCAUGACAGUGGGGGACAUCUUUGGGGCUGGCGUGGAGACCACCACUACUGUUCUCAAAUGGGCUGUGCUCUACCUGCUCCACUACCCUGAGGUCCAGAGGAAGAUUCAGGAGGAAAUGGACCAGAAGAUUGGCCUGGUUCGACACCCCCACCUCAGCGACCGCCCACUGCUGCCCUACCUGGAGGCCACCAUCAGUGAAGUGCUGCGCAUCCGGCCCGUGUCUCCCCUGCUCAUCCCACAUGUGUCCCUUGCUGACACCAGCAUUGGGGAAUACUCCAUCCCCAAAGGUGCCAGGGUCAUCAUCAACCUCUGGUCUGUGCACCAUGACGAGAAGGAGUGGGACAAGCCCGAGGAGUUCAAUCCUGGCCGUUUCCUGGAUGAGCAGGGCCAGCACAUCCACUCGCCCUCACCCAGCUACCUCCCCUUCGGGGCCGGGAUCCGUGUCUGCCUGGGAAAAGUCCUGGCCAAGAUGGAGCUCUUCCUCUUCCUGGCCUGGGUGCUGCAGAGGUUCACACUCGAGUGUCCCGAGGACCAGCCCCUGCCCUCUCUGGAGGGCAAGUUUGGUGUUGUGUUGCAGGUGCAGAAGUUUCAGGUGAAGGCCCGUCUGCGGGACGCCUGGCGAGCAGCCUCAUGAUGAGAAUGAGCCCUGGAUCCCAGGGCUGGGACAGGCCCUUAGAGGCCAUAUCCUGCCUGCCUCAUGGAUGCGGCGUUGUCCAAAUAAAGAUGUUCCCAACACA